UUUAUUUUUUUUUGUGGGCUAAAUUGUUUGAGUAUCACACUUUUUAGUUGAACUGUGACAUUUUAGUUUGAGUUUCUUUCAUUGAUCUGAUUGUACAAAUCUUGAAGCCUGAAGAUUUAGUGAGACUGCAGAACACAAAUAGUGUUGAAUGAAACUGGUUUAUCGAACUCAAAUCAAUCCAACAGAAAAUAACAGGUUUUUUUUUUAAAAAGAUAAUUAGAUUGUAAAUCAACCCCAACAUGCUAUUGUGACUACAUUUACUAUGAGGGAUGCCAUUAUUAUUGGCAUAAUAAGGCUGUUGGCUAGAAAACAGCUUAAAAAGUUAUUUCUGCAAAUAAGAAUAUAGGAUAAAGUGUAUGUUACUUAUGUGCCACAGACGACAACAAACACACGCAAACAACAAGCUUCAUCAUAUCAGCUGUAUUUAAGUAUCUUAAGGUGUCAGACAAACACAUUACCGAAAGUCUAUGUUUGAAAAAUAGUUUAUGUAUCAUUUAUGGAAUUAAAUGAUAUUCUUAGGCAUUUUGACAUGUAAAACAAAAAGACUUUAUAACAAAAGUUAUAGGUAUAUUCAAACGUGAGGGAGACAGAAUGAAGAAGAUAAGAAUAGGUAUCAAUAUAGAUAUCUAUAUCACCUUGCACUUUAUACUAUCUAUGUUCUUGUUUGUUAUUUUAUUAUUGUUAUUGUUAUUGUUAUUAUUAUCAUUAUUGUUACUUUUAUUAUUAUUGUUUUUGUUAUUAUUGGUAUCAUUUAAAAGGCUGACUGGAGUGAUAAUAUGAACCUGUCAAUUACUAAAUUAAAAAAGUAAUAAGACGUGAAACAGGAAAGUGCACAAGCAAAAGGGCUGUGUAUGAAAGAAAGUUAUCACUAACUCACCGUUGUAGAUGUUGCAGAUUAAAAAUUUGUACUUACAUCGGACACAGUGUGACAGAAUAUAUCUGUCCCGGACGGUAGCAACAGGCCAACAGUAUUUAGGAGACAGACAGGGACACCACUAGAGUUAUAUGAGGCCUGUAACUCUGGACCAGUUAGAUUUUAUUCGUCAUUGGUCCAUCCGGGUACUUUAUUUUUUGAUUGACAGUUGCCAUGGCAACAAGCUAGAGCAUCGCCAUUUUGUCAGGAGGGUUUUUUUUUCCCAGCUACAGUCUUUUCAAAUGUUCUCCCUUCCCGCCGGAAUAAUGCUGUCAGUGGAUAUAUAUUUGACGUUUUUGGAUAUCGAAUCGCGUCUGGUGGAUCGGAUUAAGAAGAUGAAAAGGCCGGCGUUGUAACAGAGUUGAAAUAAUUAGGCGGCGCCGCACUAACUCGGUUGUCCGCGUCUCUGGUCCACCGGGCCGGUUCACUGCGCAGGUUUGGACCGCGCGCCAUUUUGUGAAAAUUGACACAAAAUUCCUAACCAAAAUUAUCAGAGGACACGGAUUCCGCUUCAUGUUUGAAAUACUCCGGAUUUAACCGCGCUGUCGCAUUUAUCGAAGCGGCCGACGCUAAAUCCGCAAAGACGUCGUAAAACCCGAAUUUGGCUUAACGUUUAUUUAACGGCAGCUAGAAUCGUUAGCUCGAGGCUAGCCAGAGAAGCUAACAAGCUAGCCAGGGCAGGUAGCUAGCCAGUCCGCUAAGGUUAGCUAGUAAGUUAUGCGUGCUAGUUAACGUUAGCAUGCUGCUAGUCAUCAGCUGAUAGGUUAGGCAAAGUUGCUUCGAUCGUCAAUGAUGUUAAUCAACGCUCGGGAUAUGAUUGUUUUAAAUCUGGUUGGCGAAUAAUUUUAAGAGUUUGCCGAUCAGAGGACAGGGGGGAUUGGAUUUAUCGUUAACAUUACUGUGCAGGGAGGGGAGAAUCUCAAGCUGGAUAAGUUUCCUCAUCAUACAGGUUAUUGGACUUUAAAUGAAGAUCGUGCCAUCAGAGGUAAGCAAGUGUGGAAAUCCCUCUUUGGCGUUCAGGUACAUGUGGAGGUGUAUUUUAUGUAACAGGAUGGUUAACAAUGAUGGACGCGGCGGUGAAGUUGGGGAUGGUAGCCGAUGGUGUGGCGGCUAGCUAACAUUUUGCAGACUUCACUGAUGCCAGCGUUAAUAUUCAUCUCCAGUCAGUAGGUCAGCGGACUCGUGUUAAUGUUAGGCAGGGGCAGGUUGUUGUGGGCUUUAUCGAAGAGUCAUGCUGGCUGAGCUAAGACGCUGUCAUUGUACGAUUAAAGCAGAUGUAGCCGCGUUAGCCAGGAGGUCCGCUUGGUUCGCUACAAUGCGGGGUUUAUUACUGUGUUAGUUUAGACUUAAACAGCACCUGGCUAAAGCCUGGUUGCUAACUCGGCUAAUGGUUAACGUUGACUUGUUGACGAACCAGCUGAAUGGGCCCCACAACCCGCUGGCUGAGCACAGCGUCACCAGCUAACGUUAACGUCGGAUUGGUGAGAGAUAUGCUCGCUUGUCCCGCAGUUUUCAGGGUAACGUUAACGACGACAGCGUUAGCCUGUUAGACUGCUACGUUUGCCAUUUAUAAGAGGGAAUUGGUGGCACACACGGACGAUAUGUAGCAAGAGAGGACGCGAAUUACCACUGAAUAUGCUUUCUAAAUCCCAACCAUGACGAGAUCUACCCCAUCAUCUGUAAGUACAGAGCCGCUCGGGCACGUUAGGUGUUUUAAUUGUUUUGGAUGGGUUACAUUUGAUUCGGCUCCGGGAAAGGAUCUAAUCAUCUGGGCGUGAGAAGAUGACUUAAAUGCGCGUUAAAGACUUAUGAUAUGUUACAGCUACGAAGAGCAAGCUAGCUGUCGUUAUAUUUACACCUAAAUGGGCCCGUUGAUGCCGCGAUGAGCAGAGCCAGGAAAGGAACUGUUCAUAUGUCAGUACUGAAAAUGAAGAAUAAUCAAACGUUUAGGGAGCUACAAGUGCGCUAGUAAAAUAGCAUUGUGUAAAAAUACAGCUUGGAUUUUCCCUCUACGGUUUAGGAAUUAAGAAAAAAGGCCAAAUUCACCCUAUAUAUAUGCAAGUCUGAUGUCAGGUAUUUUUGCAAAAUGGGCUCAAACUAAACUUUUGCAGCUAUUUUAAAUUUGCAUACACAUUUUUAGUAAUUUCAUCCUGUUUUAGUAAGCAUAUUACACAGAUUUAAAUCCAAUAUUUAUAUAUUUGUAGAAUAUCCUGAUUGUGCAGAACACUAUUAAUCCUGACUGGUUUUGUCAGGUGUUAAAAUCUGGGCCUCCUAAAGUAUGAACAGUUUUACAUGAGCCUCAUACAGAUAUACAUUUCUCUUUCCUACUGAUCAACAAGCAGCAUAACAACAAAUAGAUACAAAAGUUCUAGUAUUUAUAUCAGGAGCACUUAAAGUUUGGGGGUGUCCUCUGUUCUUUACGAGGCCUUUUGACCCCCUUUCCUAACAAAACUUAAACCACCAUGAAGUGAAAUCCCCACCAGAGAUGCACAAUGAUCAUAAUCUGUUUUUAUUCUUUGUAGUGGGUUGUGGUUUGCUGCUGGACUCUCCUCCCAGGAUGAUAUGAAAUUUUACAGGAGAUGAUGCAUCCAGGUUAGCUGCUAUACAUUAAGCCUUAACCCUUUGAUGGGAAGUGGUGAAACUAACACUGAUUUUGCUGUUUUCAAUCUGACAUCCUUGCUCGCAAGUAUUAGGACAUUACGAAGUUGGAAACUGUCAAUAUUAGAUAUUAAACCUUAAUUUAAAACAAUUAAUAAAGCAUGUAAAAUUCUCUUAAAUGCAGACUUUUUAUGCUGUUAAAAAGUCUAGCUAAAUUGCCUAACAUUAUUUCUAUAAGCUCCUAGCUGACCACACAGGAAACUAGACUGUCUAGUCAUCUUGACAAACCAGUCAUAUUAUUGUGACAAGUGCUUUAAAUCUAAUAUAUGUAUAAAAAGAUUAAACUAAUUGGAUUCAGGCUUAUCAAAUUUAGCUUAAUGAGUUUUUCUCUGAACAGUAGAGAAAAAUACAUUCAUGAAACAUCAGGUUUGUUUCAAUCAGUAUAAAAAAUAUUUUCACUUAUAAAGAAUAUACAUUUUUUUAGAUACUUAAAUCACAAAUAUAAACUGAAAAUUUAUAUUUGAUUUUUUAAAAAUAUAAAGAGUAAAGCAGAGACUGUCGUUGCUUGAAAUAAAGCCUUUGCCUGUGCUCUAUCAUCUUACAGUUCCUCUUAUUUCUGUCAGUGGAUGUGUAUUUUUUCCUUUUCCAAAGCUGGGUCAGCUUUCUAAUGCUCUUAGAUGGAGUGCAGGUUUUGGGCUGUGCAGCUAUUUUGCUGUCAGGCUCUUGUGUUGAAAGCAGCGUCUAAGUGUGCCAAAGUUCAAUUUUAUUUCUUGUUUAUUUCUUGUUUUCUCAUUGGAAAAUGGGAGCAGCUCUGCCCUGGCAACAAAAGUAGGCUAUUUGCAUACUGCGUUGUGAUUGGUCUGUGCAUUGAUGGGCUUGCCAAAUCACGCUGUAUCUCUGUGGUGAUAGGCUAUGCUAAUUAGGUGCUGUUGCUGGGAUUCUGAAUAGUGGUUACUGUGUAGCACUGGUGAAUUGUGUUGUCUGGUGAGAGAUGCUGAUAGCUGAACAUGCUAUUUGAUAAUUUUUUGAUUCCUUCUGGCUUAAAAUGAAGGAUGAUUCACUGUAUUGUGUGGAGAUGCUUUCUUUUCACUGCUUUUCUCUGUUAAACCUGCUGUUUUACUCCUUUUUAUUCACAAAGGUUGAUAUAUUCCUUCUAUCCUUGAAUUUGUGGUUAUCCUUUGAUGCAUUUUUUUGACUUUACAUGUCAAACAAAAGACACUAUGCAUUAACCUGACAAUUAUUUUCAUAAUAAAUUAAUUGUUGAUAUUUUCUUAACAUUUUAUGGUCUUUUUUGUCUGUUAAAGUAUGAACUUGAUAGUUUUAACUUGCCUGUAUAAAUUACAAAUGCACUAUUUGCAUUUUGCAUGUGAAUAAUUGUUUAUUCUUAAGGCAAAUUGAGACAUUUUCAUGUAAAGAAAAUCCUUGCUGGUUUGAUUGAGCUGCUUUAAAGCAUGUAUGUGUUUGAUCUGUACAAUAAGUAGCAAAUUUACUAAUCUUUUUUUGUUUUAUGGGCUGAACAUCUCUAAUGUGUGAGAUUAUAUACAGCUGUGUUACUUUCACACUAUGCUCCUCUUUUUUGUGCUUUUGUUAAAUGCAAUAUUGAAUAAAGGUAACGUGCUUAUGGCCAUGUUAAUUUCUUCCAGGAGGAGAGACUUCAGCAUGCAAACCUUCGUCCGUCCGGCUUGCGCCCUCUUUUUCUUUACACACUGCUGGUCUUCAGAUGGCUGCUCCAAUGCCCCAUACGCACCAGCAGUACAGUGACCGCCACCAGCCAAGCACUGACCAAUCUGUUACGGUCUUACCGUACAGCGACCAGACACCACAGCUCACUGCCAAUCAGGUACACCUACCCUGCCCUACCACUGAUGUUAGAUUUCUUCUAGUCUGGAUAUGCAAGUGUUAGGAGGAUUGUUGUACUUAAUGUGAUAUGAAAGUGUACUUCCCUUUUUUGCUGCUGUCACCAGGCAGAGUAGCUGCUUGUCAAAUGUUCAUUCAGUGCAGCCAUUUAAUAUUGUGCAAAAUAUAUUGUAUGAAUGGCCUCUUAGAUUUUGGAGCUCCUAUUUAGCAAAGCCCCUGUUGCAUUGGAAAGCGCUGUGCAUAUUGUUUGUAAAUUAAAUGCCGUGAUUUUUUUCUUUUAAAUACUACAGAGGCACAUGCCCCAGUGCUUUCGUGACCCAACUUCAGCUCCCCUGAGGAAGCUCUCCAUUGACCUUAUCAAAACAUACAAACACAUCAAUGAGGUUAGUUCUGUUUUAUUUAAUGUAUCCGUCCAUAUCAUCUGUGAAUUUAAGUUGAAUGCUGGAUGCUUUUCCUUUACAGUGAUGAUAAGGAGUGUCUCAUUGUUACUUUCUAGGUGUAUUAUGCAAAAAAGAAGCGACGGCACCAACAGGGUCAGGGUGAAGACUCCAGUCACAAAAAAGAGAGGAAGGUCUUUAAUGAUGGCUAUGACGAUGAUAACUAUGACUACAUCGUCAAGAAUGGGGAGAAGUGGAUGGACCGCUAUGAGAUUGAUUCCUUGAUAGGAAAAGGAUCAUUUGGACAGGUGUGUAAUUAUAAACUGAAGCCACACAGACACUGAUUAGUUUGUGAAAAUGUUCUUAAUUUUUUUUUUUUUUAGAGGAAAAAAUGUGUCUUUUAAUUUAGCUUUCUACACAUAACCUGAAGACAUUUAAAGCCUCUUAUUGAGGAUUUUUCUUGUGCUGUUGGUGUUUGACCUCUUGAUUGUUACUAUGAACCAAAAGGCCUAUUAUCAAUGAGAGACAUUAAAGUUAGAUAUUUCUCUUCCUUUUUUUUAAAUUUAUUUUUGCAUCUUUAGGUCGUGAAAGCAUAUGACCGUGCCGAGCAGGAAUGGGUUGCCAUUAAGAUCAUCAAGAACAAGAAAGCUUUCCUCAAUCAAGCCCAGAUUGAAGUGCGCCUCCUAGAGCUCAUGAACAAACAUGAUACUGAGAUGAAAUACUACAUCGGUAAUCAACCCUCUUAAGUUUACCUCUGGUCCUACAAGAUGAAAAAAGUAUAGAGAAGACCUUUCACUUACAUGGCUUUAAAUUUCGUUUUCCACAGUUCACCUAAAGCGUCACUUCAUGUUCCGGAACCACCUCUGCCUCGUGUUUGAGAUGCUUUCAUAUAACCUGUACGACCUACUUCGAAACACCAACUUCCGUGGCGUCUCGCUCAACCUCACUCGGAAGUUUGCCCAGCAGCUAUGCACGGCGCUGCUCUUCCUGGCCACGCCUGAGCUCAGCAUCAUCCACUGUGACCUGAAGCCCGAGAACAUCCUCCUCUGUAACCCCAAGAGGAGUGCCAUCAAAAUAGUGGACUUUGGCAGCUCAUGCCAACUGGGACAAAGGGUAUCUUGCUGCACUUUUUCCUUAUCAGCAAUAAACUGAAUGUAUGGAAGAAUGUCCCUGUGAAGUCAAUGAUAGUUACUGCCUGUUUAUAUUAGGUGGUAGGAAAAGGAAACUCAGACUUGGGCGGCAAAUGAGAGAAUGGUUGUGCUUUCUUUUUGUAGAUAUACCAAUAUAUCCAGAGUCGCUUCUACCGUUCCCCAGAGGUGCUGCUGGGAAUGCCCUAUGACCUGGCCAUCGACAUGUGGUCCUUAGGCUGCAUUUUGGUAGAGAUGCACACUGGAGAGCCUCUUUUCAGUGGAGCCAACGAGGUAAAAAAAGAAUGAACUCUUCAGAGAUGGUCCUAUGUUGUGUCUUAAAACAUGAUUGAGAAUUUAAAUGGCCCAAUAGAAGUGACAGUUCCCAACUUUUCACCUGACGCCUGCAUGAUAUGCCGUUUCUAGCAGAUUUCAAGCUUGAACUCAAGUAGUUAACAAGCUUGAAAUUGUAUCUGAUGCUCAUUUUUAAAAACUAAGAUCUGUUGUCUUCUGUUGUUGCAGCCAUUUGUCUCCAGCUUCAGUUUACAAGAUUCCAUAAAAAAGAUUGUAUUUGACAUGGGUGUGAAACUGUAUUCAGUUUGGAAGGCAAUGAGCAGAUAUUCAGUAUGAUUAUUAAAACUUAAUUUGUGAUUUCAUUCCUAGGUGGACCAGAUGAACAAAAUAGUUGAGGUUCUUGGUAUCCCGCCUAAUCACAUAAUGGACCUAGCCCCAAAAGCCAGGAAGUUCUUUGAGAAGCUUUCGGAUGGGACAUGGAGUGUUAAGAAGACCAAAGAUGGCAAAAGGGUGAGCCCAAGUUUCUCCUGCAACUGAAGAAAAGUUUGUCUUGAUACCACAGGGGACUUCUGAUGAACAGAAGUCACUGCUGAGUAAAUCUCUUAAUCUUUGUGUCCUCUGACUUAAACAGUAUAAGCCUCCUGCCUCACGGAAGCUCCACUCCAUCCUGGGUGUGGAGACAGGGGGUCCAGGUGGCCGGCGGGCGGGGGAGUCUGGCCAUGCUGUUGCUGACUACUUGAAGUUCAAGGACCUGAUCCUGCGGAUGUUGGACUAUGACCCUAAAAGCCGCAUCCAGCCCUACUAUGCCCUGCAGCACAGCUUCUUCAAGAAGACUGCGGACGAGGGGACCAAUACAAGCAGCAGCGUGUCGACAAGCCCCGCAUUAGAGCAGUCCCAGUCUUCAGGAACCACUUCCAGCACCUCCUCGAGUUCAGGUGACUGCAGCCUGAACGCUCCGAGAUGAUGUGUUACUGCGCUUUAUGUCAACUUAACCCUUUGCUUUGUCUGUUGUGUGUUCUUAAUUGAUCUGAUAACAUGGAAAUUAUCUCUUAGUCAUUACUAUCUGGUUAACCUGUUAUCAAGACUCAUUCAGAGAGUAUCUUAUUAAAUCUUCUGGAAAGACAAUCCAGACGAUAAUACUGGGCUAUGAGCUUCAAAUAGACCUCUGUACUUGGUAUAGUUCAUGUUGUUGCUGAGGCUGUAUCGUGACACUUCUGUUCACCCUUAGGAGGGUCAUCUGGGACAAGCACCAGUGGCAGAGCGAGAUCAGACCCUACCCAUCACCACUUGCACAGUGGAGGACACUUCGGCACGGCCUUGCCUGCCAUUGAUGGUGACAGCCUCUGCCCACAGGUCAGUAAGUUGCCCAGAAUGGAAAUACAUGAUAUAUUAGAGCAUUUUGUCUCACACAGCAUGGGCACUGCAGCUGUUUUCUUUGCUUUUUAAAUUGAUAGAAAUAUUAUCUCAACUAGUGAAGGGGAAAUACUUCUCUCUUUGAUUUGUCCAAAUAUUUUGGCGGGCAGGUUUCUGAAGAACUUGUCUUCUCUGGCGCUAUGUCAACUCAUAAAUUAUUCCCUUGUGUCAUCAGAAAUGAAGUACCUCUCAGUGUUAUGGAGUGAAGAUCAGAUGGUCUUUGUUUAAUCUUACAGUGAUUUAAAAAUGAAACAGAUGUAAAACCCCUUCACUGCAGAAACUUGACAUCAUUUCUGACUCUUUGUCUACUUACCAUUGACAGGCAAGACAGCCUUACCCACCUCCGCUGGUGUGGGGAGGUGGCGUAGGACCAGAGUCAGUCACUGGAGAGACCCACCCAGUCCAGGAGACCACCUUCCAUGUUCCCCCUCAGCACCCUAAGGCCCUGCAUCCCCACUCACAUACUCAUCACCACCACGGGCAGAUGAUGGCCACACGGCCACGCCCACGCCACUACACCUCCCCGACACACAGCUCCUCGACACAGGACUCCAUGGAGGUGGUUCAUGGCCAUCUGUCCAUGACCUCCCUGUCUUCCUCUGCCUCCUCUUCCUCUACAUCGUCCUCUUCCACUGGGAACCAUGGCAACCAGGCCUACCAGCUCCGCCAUUUGCCCGCCGGAGCCCUUGACUUUGGUCAGAACGGUGGGCUGAGCAUGGGGCUAGGUGCCUUCUCGAACCCACGGCAGGAGACUGGCAUGGCAGCGCACCCUGCAUUCUCCAUGGGCUCGAACACAGGGCCCGCCCACUACCUAGCGGAGGGCCACCUGGGCAUGAGGCAGGGCAUGGACCGGGAGGAGUCUCCAAUGACUGGAGUGUGUGUGCAGCAGAGUUCAAUGGCCAGCUCGUGACUGCACUGACAUUUGGCUGUGUGUUCCCCCCUGUGCGUCAUUUUUAAGGUGGUGUUUUUUACUACAAGGUGUGUUGAGAACAAAAGCUGCUCACGUCAGAAGGGAGAUAUCACUGAACCGCUACUACAGAGAAAAACCUUUGUUAAAAAGUAUAUAUGUAAUUUUCAUCAGUUUUUCUUUUGCAAUCAUUAGGCACAAAAUAAUACUGCGGAAUAACCAUAGUGAGAUUGAGACUUCCAUCUUACCAUUUCACCAGUUUCAUGUAACCACCAAGUAAUCACCAUAUGGUAUUAUGUGGCAAAAUCUUCUAAGGAGCAUUUCAGAGCAAAGUUUGAAGCUGUUUCGCAGGUAGCUGUUGGUGAUGAAAUGCUUGGCGUCCUCUUUCGGUUCAAACAGUGGACUGCCUGACAUUACUGUUCCACUGGUUCUUAAUUACUUUGCCCUUUUUAAGUGAAAUUUCUCGUAAAAAGCUGCUUGUAAAUCCUGUAGCUUGACAAUGAGGGGGAGUGUUUGCGGUGAUAUUUCUUGUUGUUGGUCGGUAUUGUGUAACUCUUGUCAAAGGGGAGCACAUAAGCAGUGGAGUCCCUAUAGCGUGCGCUGGCCGGGUGGAGGAGGAGACCCCACAGGUGGAUGCUGACACCAACCGGGUCAGAGGAGAGGGAGACACCACCCCUCAGGCCUUGAGGCCCCGGUGGUCCUGCAAGCUGCAACCGGGCCCGGCACAGAGGAGAGCAGCGAGGGGCGCGGGAGACGAAAGGAUCCAGCCCAGUGAGAGGAAGACAGUCAGCGGCUGGUUCUAGAUAACCCUUUGGCCUUAUGACUCAUGGACUUGGAAUGGGAUGGAGCUGGACAUUAUCAUUUGAAUUAAGAUGGCUUUUCUCUAUUUUUCUCUCUAGACAGCCCUUAAUUCUUAAAGGAAAUUAAAACAACUUAGAAAAGGUAAAUAAGAAUGGUAAUUUGAGGCCUUUCUCGACAAAGAUUUCUUCUUCAGCAGGGCCCCACAUAACAGGGUCUUAUUGUACACAACAACCUCCUAAACAUUACUUCCUUGAAAAUCUUAUUCACUGGUUAAGGAUUUUGCAGUGGAAAGAACUAUCUAUUCCAGAGUCUACCCUUUUAUGUUUCGUUAUUUUUCCCUUUUGCAUGUAGUUCCUCAUCAGAACCACCUGCACAAGUCUCUCCAUCCAAAACAUGGAAACUGAAGAAAAAAAUGAGUUUAGUGACUGCCUUUUUUCUCCUCAAAUUAUGCUGUGAAUUUUACAAGAAUUUAUUUUCCCUUUGGAUAUGUUUUUAUACCAAAGCAGUUGUUUUAUAGCAUAUAGGUGUCUGUAACCAAUAAUGUAGCAGUUCACCACUUUGACGCAAAGUUUAUCAAGAUCUUAUUUUAACGUCAAUACAAACAGCUGCAAUAUAUUACUUUAGCAAAACUGGAGACCGUUGUUGAGACCGUUGGCUAUUGUGUAUUCUGGCCAGAUUUGUUUGCAACGUUUUACCAAAACUGUUUCCAUAUUAAUUGGUAGAUUAUUUUGGGAGUCUUUUAAAACUUUGGUAUGUUAGAGAAUUUGGUAGUUACUCUGCAGGCUCCGGAGUAGCAAGAUAGAAGCUGAUGGUUUAAAAAAAGGAGACUAAUGCGUUCUAUUUCUGUGUCGUCGUUUUUCUUUUGCCCCCAUCAUACUAUUUCAAAGGGUUUUGCUGCCUUUCAUACAUCAUUUGGUCAACUUGGCUAGUUUCUGCCGUGAAGCAAGACUUAAUGUCAUCAUCCUGGCAGGGUAAGGAUAAUUGUGGCAAGUCAGUUUGUGUUGAAUGGUAUUUUUCUGAUUUGGUAGGGCAGAUCCCCCAUGAUUGUUGUCCUAUUCAAAGGGAAAGGGUGUUCAUCAGCCCACGAUCACAUGCUUUGCCCAGGCAGACCUGCAUGUCCUCAAAACAUUACAGUCAACCAGAUUUUUUUUUUAUAUCAGGGAUUUUGAAGUGCUUUCUUUCUUCUGUUGCUCAUUUUACCAGUUUUGAAAUUAGAAAAAAAAAAAAAACCUGCCCACAGCCACCUUUCAGACGAAGGGCAGGCCACAGGUCAUGCUGUUGCCAUUUAUAAGGAGAAACCAUCGUAAGAAAUCAUGCUUGGUAUUUCCACAAACAAAUGUAAAGCUACCUAUAUUGAGAUUGGGGUUUUAUCUGGAUGUCAAGGUUAAUUGCAAAUUUGCAAUCAUUUUUCAUACCCCGCAGAAUUUGAGACAUUUAGAAAUUGCCAGUGGUUUUAUGACUGGCACUCAUACUGGUACUAAACAUUCCAAAAAUAAAGACUGAAAAAGAAAAAAAAUUGACUGCAGUGACUCGUAAGUGUGCGCCUAUUUCAGAUCAUGCUGAUUGACCUCUUAUUUAGAGCAGUUGUCAUGAAAUGCAGCCCCUUUUUAAUAGUUGAAAUAGAAUUUAUGUAUAUAUUUAUAUUUUUUUAAUAAAGGAAGUAUAGAACUCACUACCUUGCUCCUGCUGGUAUGUUGAUUAUGUUUGUCAAUUUGGUGACCAUUCAGUGGGCAGGAACUCCUGUUUUCUUAGUGGCAAAACCUUGCCUUUUGGCAAAGGUACUUGACUACAUCAGGACAACACUAUGAGGUAGGGUUUGAAUCAAACAGGGAAAGCUAGAUCUUCAAACCUUAAUAAUUUUCACAGGGUAUAUUGUAAGUGCAUGUACAUCACAAACCUUACUUUUUGGUUUUAUGAGAAGCACAUGGUUGAAAAAAGGUUCCAUCUUUCAUAAGCCUGUUGAGUUUGUGGGUUAUACACAAACACGUAUACUUGUUGACAUAUCUGAACACCCAACAGAAGUUGAAAUCCUCUUAUUUAAUUUGGAUUUAUCCUUUUCAUUUUUGAUUUCACAUUUUUUCACUUUUUUUGUACAUGCAACAUGCACUAUAGAAUUGAACAGCAUGGGGGAAAGGAUAAGUCCAUGUAUCCACAGAUUGUAAGAUCUAGUCAAGACUUUGCUGUGUUUAUGACAAUGCCCUUUGUAUUAUAUUAAGACAGUCUUAUGUAUGAUAUAUAAAAAGAAGUUAAUUGAAU